CCCAGCACUCCCUCCUCCUGACUCCCACCCCUCACUGCUCUGGCUGGCGGAAGUGAGGGCUGCUGUUCUGUUCAUUAAAGAGCUAGGGCUAGCAUUUCCCGCACGCGUCCAGGGCUAGAGCUGGAUCUCCAGGCAGAUCACCCCCACCCCCUGCACAGCCAUCGGGACACCCACUCUACGCUGACAACAUGUGAAGCGUGGGCAGGGGAGAGAAACACAACAAAUGGAGGGACUGAGCAUUCACUGGAGAUCCCCUGGCAGCUCUACCUAGCCACCGAUAUACCUCAGCUGCUGGAACGCUGCGUUUUUCAGGAGCAGUCCUAUCGGCUCCGCCGGGAUCAUACAACUUGUGCAUGGAGGAUGGGAGCGUGUAGGGAGGCUGCUGGCAGUGGAAAGGUGAUCUGAUGGUGGGGUGCGACAGGGCGAGAUGAAUAAUUGAAGGCUGCUUUGCAGGGAGCUGGAGGCGGCAGUGUGUGCUGUGAGAUCCGGGGAAGCGUUCUGCAGCAGUAGCAGAGGGGGGUGUGUCUGGCAUGCUCCUGCUGGGUCCCUUCGCUGCACUGGGCUAGAGAGAAUGGUAAUGUAAAACUUUGCAUUGUGUCUUGUCCGUGUGGGAGCUUCUGCCACCCCAUCACCUUGUGGAAACCCUUAUCCUAAAAGAUGUAUGGCACCAAGAGGGAUGCAGCUAUUCAAUAUAGCCAUGCUGAACUGCUGACAUCGGGGCACUGAGGCAGAGUGUCACUCCUUGAUUACACCUGGGAGGUCUACUACAACUGUUCAAUGUAAACAAACCCUGGAGAAAAGGUGGUAGAAGGUCCUGCUGUGAGCAGUACUCUGCGGCCUGGUCUCACACACAGGUAAAUGUAGGAAGCAGGACAGUGAAUGAAGGAUGAUAACAUGCUUUCAAGGAUCUGAUUCCUUAAUGAAUUUGUGGCCACUGAUUGGGUGUAACAUAUUGUCCCCUCUCCUCAUGUAAAUGGCUUCAUUCCCAGAGUCAGAUUUCCAGCUGUGCCCACUGUGUAAGGAGAUGUGUGUAUCCUCUGCGCCCAUCUCUUCCUCCAGCUCAUCUUCCUCUUCCUCUCAGACCUCAAGUAGCAGUAUUGGGGGUGGCAGCCUUGGGACAGCUCACCGAAGAUUACACGUCUUACCGUGUCUACACGCCUUUUGUCGACAGUGCUUAGAGGGGCACAGGAACCCUGGGGAUUCCCUGCAGCUGCACUGCCCUGUGUGUGACCACAAGGUGCUCAUGUCUGAAGCUGGCAUGGAUGCCUUACCCUCCUCCACCUUUCUGCACCUCAGCAACCUGCUGGAUGCAGUAGUGGGGGCUUCUGAGGAGCCUCAAAGCAAUGGGGGCCGAGGCGGUGGAAAUGGUGCCCGGCGACAGCAACGUUCUCGUUCAACAUCAUGUUCCUCCUCCAGUCUUCUACGUCGUGCACCCCCCAGCCAACCUGAGCCACGUUGUUCCUCCUGUGAUGAGGGCAAUGGAGCCAGUUCGCACUGCCUGGAUUGCCAGGAGAAUCUGUGUGACAACUGCCUGCGGGCACACCAAAGAGUGCGACUCACUAAGGACCACUUCAUAGAACGCUUCACUGGCCCAGGGAACAGGGCGCCUGGAUGCCUGAGUGGCACUGCCUCCCCUAGUAACUCUGCAGCGUCCAGCGUUGCCACUACCUCAUCCUCCUCAACCUCAUCACCUUUUCAGGGCAGUGCCUUUUCCAUUCUGCCGAUGUACCCAGAGAGAGUUGCGUACUGCCAGCAGCACGAUGAGGAGGUUCUCCAUUUCUACUGUGAUUCAUGCUCUAUCCCAAUAUGUCGUGAGUGCACUAUGGGGCGUCACGCUGGCCACAGCUUUGUCUACCUCCAGGAUGCUCUUCAAGACUCAAGGGCAUUUACUAUCCAGCUGUUGGCUGAUGCUCAACACGGACGCCAAGCUAUCCAGCUGAGCCUUGAGCAGGCCCAAGCACUAGCAGAGCAAGUUGAGAUGAAAGCUAAAGUUGCGCAAUCAGAGAUCAAAGCCGUCACAUCGAGACACAAGAAGGCACUCGAAGAGAGGGAAUGCGAGCUGCUAUGGAAGGUUGAAAAGAUUCGUCAGGUGAAAGCCAAGUCCCUCUACCACCAGGUUGAUAAGCUCCACCAGGCUCUAAAUAAACUGGACAGUACAAUCAAUGCAGUACAGCAGGUCUUAGAAGAAGGUUGUUCCAUGGAUAUCCUUAGAGCUCGGGACCGUGUAUUAGCACAGGUGCAAGAUCUAAAGAAUGCUAGGGGUUUAUUACAGCUUCAAGAGGAUGACCGGAUUAUGUUCACAGCCCCUGAUCAGGCCUUGUAUCUUGCCAUCAAAUCCAUGGGACUAGUAAGUAGUGGGGCUUUUGCAGCUCUAACAAAAGCCACUGGAGAAGGCUUAAAACGGUCACUUCAAGGCAAGGUUGCCUCUUUCACAGUUAUUGGAUACGACCAUGAUGGAGAAGCACGGUUAUCAGGUGGUGAUCUGAUAUCUGUUCUGGUGAUGGGUCCUGAUGGCAAUCUGUUUGCAGCUGAGGUUAAUGAUCAGAUGAAUGGUACAUAUUUGGUUAGUUACAGGCCUCAACUUGAAGGAGAACACCUAAUUUCAGUAAUGGUGUGCAAUCAGCACAUUGAGAACAGCCCCUUUAAAGUCAGUGUAAAAUCAGGUCGCUGCUACUUGGGUAUAGGUCUACCUUCACUUUCCUUUGGAGGUGAAGGCGAUCAUGAUGGAAAGCUCUGCCGCCCCUGGGGUGUCUGUGUUGACCGAGAAGGAUAUAUUAUUGUGGCUGAUAGGAGCAACAACCGCGUUCAGAUUUUCAAGCCUUGUGGUACUUUUCACCACAAGUUUGGCAGUUUGGGAUCAAGGCCUGGCCAGUUUGAUCGGCCUGCUGGUGUGGCUUGUGACAGUUCUCGUAGGAUCAUUGUGGCAGAUAAGGACAACCAUCGUGUUCAAAUCUUCACCUUUGAGGGCCAGUUCUUACUGAAAUUUGGGGAGAAAGGGACCAAGAAUGGCCAGUUUAAUUACCCUUGGGAUGUUGCUAUUAAUUCAGAGGGGAAGAUCCUUGUCUCUGACACUCGGAACCACCGUGUCCAGUUGUUUGGUCCAGAUGGGACAUUCCUAAACAAAUAUGGCUUUGAAGGUGCUCUAUGGAAGCACUUUGACUCGCCGCGUGGUGUGGCAUUCAGUCAAGAUGGAUACUUAGUAGUGACUGAUUUCAACAACCACCGGUUGCUUAUAAUCAAGCAGGACUGCCAGUCAGCACAUUUCUUGGGCACUGAAGGAACAGGCAAUGGUCAGUUUUUGCGGCCUCAAGGUGUGGCAGUUGAUCAGGAAGGGCGCAUUAUAGUGGCAGACUCCAGAAACCACAGAGUACAAAUUUUUGAGCCUAAUGGCAGCUUCCUGUGUAAAUUUGGCACUCAAGGAAGUGCCUUUGGCCAGAUGGACCGUCCAUCUGGCAUAGCUGUUACACCCGAUGGCACAAUUGUUGUGGUCGACUUUGGUAACAACCGGAUACUGGCCUUGUAAUCAAAUUUCAACUCAAAACUGUCUCAGGGAAAUGCUAUGAAGAACUGUAAAAUAUACAACAUCACUGAGCACCUACCUCAUUUUUUUUUCUUGUAAACACAUAAACUGUAAUCUGCAAAAAUAGAGCCUGUGAACCAUAAAAAAACAAAAAAAAUUGGGAAGAAAAAUCUACCUCAAAACCUCUUAGAAGGAGGGGUGUUAUGUUUUAUUUUUCUGAACCUGCACAAAAUAUCAACUUACCUCAGAUAUGAAUGAUGGAAGCAAAAUUACAGAUUGCAAGACUGCACCUGUUUAAGAGAAUGUAAAAAUCUCUUCUGAAGAAGCCAGAAAGGGCUAUAAACUUUAAAAGAAUACCAGGAAAAAAAUAUUAAAACAGACUCUUUUUUUUUAUUUUUUAUUAUUGUUGAAAACACUUGUGUCCUCUUUAACCAAAUUGUAAUUCCUCCUUUACCUGUGCUGCUGCAACAGAGGACGCCUUAUAUUACGAUUACCUCAGUACGUUUCAAGAUGAAAAAUACCUCCAUAUACAAAUAAUAUAAAGUGUUUUUAUUUCUUCUGAUCAAACGUCACAUACCUCAGUAACGGAAAACAAUGUCAUAUUUCCUAUAAUACUUGUGGGCUGUUUAAGUACAGUGAGACCUAGUAUAGUACAUAUCGAUUGUUUAAGUUGUUUGCUUAUUUCUUAAAUCCGCGUAAUUUUUACAAAUUCCAGUCUGCACCAUACAUUUGUGUGUGUGUGUGUGUGUGUGUGUGUGUGUGUGUGUAUGUAUGUAUGUAUAUGUUAAUAUUGCAAGAAUGUUGUAACAUGUUCCUGUUGAAUCCCCUGCAGGGAACAAUUAUGGCAAAGAUGAAGCACAACACGUAUAGGUCAAGUUAUUUUCUUGUUGAAACAUCAUCAUAGUUUUGUGGUCAACACAGUCACAGAACUUCAGUUUAUAUUUUCAAUGAUUCAGCAAAGGGUCAUAAUAGAGAGAAGACGGUAAUGUUAUACACUAUACAACGCGAGGUGUACUCUUUUAUGUUGAAGAAACUGCGGUUGUGCAGACAUAAUGUUGUAAAUGACAAUGUGGUUGUUGUGCACAUAUCUAGUUUUACAAGUUGAACCUAAUUAGCUACCUUAAUUUCCAUAGUCCACUAAAAAAUAUGUUGAUGCCAAUUACAGAAGGAUGCAAUCUAACAGCAUUCAUGGCCAUAAUUUCUGUCAUUAGAAGCUGCGCCGAUAUUAUCACAAUUUUUUUUAUAGCAUAAAUGCUUUUAAAAGUAAAACUUUCAGGAGAAAAAAAAUAAAACCAGAUUACUCCCAUUGCUGAUAGAUGCUGAAUACAACAUGUAGUUAUUAGUAUGAUGUAGUCUGAUUAUCGUUAUAACCUUUACAGAUGCAGGGUUUUUUUGCACUUGGUCAGUGAGGUCAGAGUGCUAUAUAUUGUGAUGCCUCUCCUAGUAAUGUUGUUGGUCAUUUUUUAUUUGGCAUCUCUAUAAUGAAAAUAAAAAUUGUAUU